GCGGAUUGAAUGUGGUGAAUUUUGCUCCUCGUUCAUAUGUCAAACUAUUCGACUCUUGUCAAAUUUUACCUUACGAGGACGCAGUACUAGUUUAUCUGUUUAAAUUGCCGUAAGGAUGAGUGCCUCCGCCCCCAGUGAGAUGGAGGUGGAAGAGGGGAGCAGUAAGAGUGUGAUGGCGUCGUCUGGCACUGUGGGCAGUGUCUCCGUCUCUCUUCACCCCUUAGUCAUUAUGAACAUAUCAGAACAUUGGACCAGGAUCAGAGCUCAGGAAGGAGUUGCUCAGCAAGUCAUUGGAGCCCUUAUCGGGAAACAAAAGGGUCGCAACAUUGAAAUCAUGAAUUCUUUUGAACUGGUUUUCAAUGUGAUUGGCGGCGACAUUGUAAUAGAUCGGGACUACUACAACACCAAGGAAGAACAAUUCAAACAAGUGUUCAGCGAGAUGGACUUCCUGGGUUGGUACACGACAGGUGAUUCUCCAGACGACAGUGACAUCAAGAUACACAAGCAAAUCUGUGAGAUCAACGAGAGUCCGAUGUUUUUAAAGCUCAACCCCCAGGCUCGUCAUGCAGAGCAACUACCUAUUGCCAUGUACGAGUCUGUGAUAGACCUGGUCGGGGGAGAGGCUACCAUGUUGUUUGUGGAGCUCCAUUACACGCUCGCCACUGAGGAGGCGGAGAGAAUCGGAGUGGAUCACGUUGCGCGAAUGUCCAGCAAUGACUCGGGCGAGAGCUCUCUUGUGGCCGAGCACCUGACAGCGCAGCACUCAGCCAUCAAGAUGCUCCACAGUCGAGUGAAGCUGGUGCUGGAGUACGUCAAGGCGGUGCAGGCUGGAAAACUCGCUGUUAACCACGAGAUUUUGCGGGAAGCCUACAGUCUCAGUCACCGACUACCUGUGUUGCAGUCGGACAGGUUCACUAUGGACUUUUACAACCAAUGCAAUGACGUCGGUCUGAUGACGUACUUGGGCACCAUCACGAAGGGUUGUAAUGACAUCAACCAGUUUGUCACCCGGUUCAACACCCUCUACGACCGGUUGGGAGUCAGCAGAAGGACUCGAGGCCUAUUCUUCUAAUCUUGUUGUGAUCUAUUUUUUAAGGUUAAUAUUAAAUGUAAUUUAUCAUCA